AUGGACGGCUUCGACCUCCUCGUGAUCAACGGCCUCGUGGUGACCGCGUCGGACACAGCCAACUACGACAUCGCCAUCAAGGAUGGGAAGAUCGCGCUGCUCGCCCCACCGGGCGUGCUGGGCAAGGAGAGUGCCAAGCGAGUGAUUGACGCCGAGGGCGGCUAUGUCAUGCCCGGCGGCGUCGACACGCACGUCCACCUCGAGGAGCCUGCAUUGUUCGGCGGCAAGGGGCGGAGUUCCGACACCUUCGAGACGGGGACGAGGAGUAGCGUUUGCGGCGGGACGACCACGAUCGUAGCCUUCGCGCCUCAAGCCAAGACGAUCCCUUCCCUACUUGCCGUCCUCGAAGACACGCACGCCCGCGCCAAGGACAACUGCUACACAGACUACUCCUUCCACAUGCUGGUCGGACACCCGGGGGAACAAGCGCUGUCGGAAUUCCCGCGGCUGCGCGAGUUGGGCAUCUCGUCGCUCAAGAUCUACAUGACGUACGAGGCCCUCCAGCUGCGGGACGACCAGAUCCUCGACAUCCUCCUCGCCUCCCGACGGGAAGGGAUCACGACCAUGAUCCACGCCGAGAACGGCGACGUGCUGAACUGGAUGACGCGCAAACUCGAGGAGCGGGGGCUCUACGCCCCGAAAUACCACGCAACGAGUAGACCGCAGAUUGUCGAGACCGAGGCGACGAACCGCGCGAUUGCGCUGGCCGAGUUGAUGGAUGCGCCCAUACUGGUCGUCCACGUCUCGUCCCCGUCCGCGGCGGCGCACCUGCGCACCGCCCAAACACGAGGCCUCCCCGUCUACGCCGAGACGUGCCCGCAGUACCUCUUCCUGACGCGCGCGGACCUGGACCGGCCGGACUUCGAGGGCGCCAAGUGCGUGUGUUCCCCGCCGCCCCGCGAAUCCGCCGCGGACCACGACGCCAUCUGGCUCGGCCUGGCCAACGGCACCUUCACGGUCCUGUCCAGCGACCACUGUCCCUUCAUGUACGAGGACCGGGAACAGGGCAAGAAGAGCAUCUUGAGCGACGCGUUCCCCGAGGGCCGCUUCUCGGGCAUCCCCAACGGGUGUCCCGGCAUCGAGACGCGGUUGGCGCUGACGCUGUCCGCGAACCGGCUUCCCUUGCAAAAAUUCGUCGAGGUCACGUCCACCAACGCCGCGAGGCUGUACGGCCUAUACCCGACCAAGGGCACCAUCUUGCCCGGGGUGAGUGACGCGGAUCUCACCAUCUGGUACCCGCCCGGGCGGUUGGGGUCGUUUAAGUUGACGAAUAGCAUGUUGCAUCAUAACGUAGAUUACACGCCCUUUGAGGGUGUCGAGCUGAACCAGUGGCCCAGGUGGACUAUCCUGAGGGGCCAGGUCGUGUGGGAUCGCGACGGGGGUGGGCUGGUCGGGAAGAAGGGGUACGGGCAGUUCGUGAGGAGGGGCAAGAGCACGCUGCCUGGGCCGCGGAAGAGCGGGGACUGGGAUGUUAGUGUUUUCUAA